CAGAACUGAGAAAUCAAGCAAUGUGUUGUGGAUCAAACCGUGUUGGGGUGGUGCGCAGAGUCACAACCACACAGUGAACUCCGUACUCGCCUAUGGUCUACAACCCAACCGCGAUAAACCAACCGUCAACCUCUCUCUAAGCCCAACCACACACAUCACCCUUAUACAGACUAUACAAACCCACCCGCCAAGAUGCUAUCGAUUCUACGCAAGGCCCGUCUGAAGGACAAGGAGAUGCGAAUUCUCAUGCUUGGCCUCGACAACGCCGGCAAGACGACCAUCGUCAAACAGAUCAUGAAAGAGGACGUCACCACCGUCAGUCCAACCUUGGGUUUUAUCAUCAAGACCAUCGAGUUCCAAGGAUAUCGUCUCAACAUCUGGGACGUCGGAGGCCAAAAAACGCUCCGAUCGUAUUGGAAGAACUACUUCGAAAAGACCGAUACGUUGGUCUGGGUGGUUGAUGCGACCGAUCGCCUUCGGGUGGAUGAUUGUCGAACCGAGUUGGCGGGUUUGCUUCUGGAAGAACGUCUAAUGGGAGCGAGUCUGUUGAUUUUCUUGAACAAGACUGAUGUGGAUGGGUGUAUGACUGAGGCAGAAGUUCGGGAGCGGCUGAGCUUGGACUCAAUCAAAACGCACAAGUGGACGAUAUUACCGUGCAGUGCCAUGACUGGCAAGAAUUUACACGAAGGGUUGGAUUGGGUGGUGCAGGAUGCCAAGGAUCGACUCUUUCUAUACUAGUCAACUAUAGGUACCCUACCCAUUCUGCAGGCCGACGAUGGUUCACGAUGCGAGCGAAGAAAAUACCCUCAAUUCUGAUUUCUACAAUAAAGUUACUAUUACUCGAGAUACAUAGGGCGCAG